UGUCGUCCGUCUAUGGAACUUCCGUAUAUAUUACUGUAAAGCGUGAAGAAGACUAUUGCAAGGGACAAAGUUAUUCAUGCCAUCUCUGCCUAAGCGUUGACCAGCACUGUGUUGACUGCCCAUAAUCCCAUAUCACCUCCCACCCCUGCUCUUCUUUCUGAACUCCCUCUGAGAAUGCCUUCUUCUUUCUGGAAAGCAUUCUCGCAUACCUCUUCCCACUCUCACUCCGCCCGCACCAACCCAUCACCGGCUUCUAGUUCAAGCCCGGCUUAUGAAUCUCUCCUCGGCGGCAGCGAUAGGCAUCUUAUCGGCGGCGGAGGUCAGCGGCUGACCCGGCAGCCGAGGUUGAGGCAUGCGACGGAGGACGAGCUCGGGUUACGCCUCGGGCUUAUUGAUGGGCAGUCAAAGUCAAAGUCUUUGCCGGUUUCACCGGAGUCCAAUUCACGGUUGCGAUGGCACGCCGGCCACUGGCCCGAGUCCGCCUUGCCGCAGCCACUUCCCCUGCCCAAACAGUAUUCUGAGGGUGAGAGCUUACUGACCAAAGGCCAAGGACAUACUUCAAGCUCUGCAGCCACAAGUAAUCCCUCAAGGGAUGGUAUUGGAAAGGCAGUAAAUUCAACAAGGAGAGCAACAACUCAAACUUACAGACGGAGAGGUUUCUAUGAUGAUCAUACAAACACGAACAAGGACAGACUAGACUCCUUAAGACUUGAGGUCCCAGCAAGGAGUGCUCCGGGCAGUGGGUUUACCAGUCCUGUACUCAGCCCGAAAAAGUUUAGCACAGUUGAUCUCUUUAACCCUGCAUUUCUGCAUAGUAAAUCUCACCUGGAGAAUAACCUCAAUGUCCAUCCAUUGCCCCUUCCACCCAGAGUGUUAAGGCUAUCACUGUCAUGUCCCACUCAUAACAAUACAGAAAAAUCAGAUACACCACUGCCAACGAAAGGUCUAUGGCAAAAAAGGAAAUUAUUAGGACGUGGCACUUAUGGAACUGUUUAUGUUGCAUCUAAUCGUGAAACUGGUGCAUUAUGUGCAAUGAAAGAAGUCGAAUACGCCCUUGAUGACCCAAAAGCCUUAGAAUGCAUACAGCAGCUGGAACAGGAAAUACAAGUGCUUAGACAGCUGAAACAUCCCAAUAUUGUGCAGUAUUAUGGCAGUGAAAUUGUUGACGAUCGGUUUUGCAUAUAUUUGGAGUACAUUCAUCCUGGAUCACUUAAUAAAUACCUUAGAGAUUAUGGAGGAGCUUUGCCAGAGUCUGUUGUUAGAAAUUUUACUCGUCAUAUUGUUUCUGGAAUGGCUUACUUGCACAGCACCAAGACAAUUCACCGGGACAUAAAAGGGGCUAAUUUGCUUGUAGAUGCAUCUGGUGUUGUCAAGCUUGCUGACUUUGGAUUGGCAAAACAUCUUUCGGGAAAAAAUAUUGAUCUUUCAUUGAAAGGAAGUCCGCAUUGGAUGGCCCCUGAGGUGAUGCAGGCGAUGUUAAGGAAAGAUGAUAAUCCAUAUCUUGCACUUGCAGUCGAUAUAUGGAGCUUGGGCUGUACAGUCAUAGAGAUGUUCACGGGGCAACCUCCCUGGAGUGAUCUUAGUUGGGUACAAGCGAUGUUCAGUGUAUUGAACAAAUCGCCACCUAUACCAGAAACACUAUCUUCAGAAGGAAAGCAUUUUAUUGGAUGCUGCUUGCAAAGGAAUCCAGCAGAUAGGCCAUCUGCAGCUAUGCUACUUGAUCAUCCUUUCUUACAUCUCUCCCCUGCCUCUCCAUUCAAACAUGAUACACAACAAGACCUGAUGAAACAUCAACAACUUGAUCACGUAAAUGCAACUCCUCCGUCCAUUAUGCAUGUGAAACUGUUGCGUAGCAGCCAUGGUAAAAUAGCAGGUACACACCCACCUAAUACUGAAGCUUAUGGUGUUGUUGGGGGAUCUCAUCAUCAUUCACCACGCUCAACGCUCGAGGUAUUCCCCACUUCACCUGAGAAAACGUAUAGUUGAUGAUCGAUCGAUGGGCCAGUUUGAUCAACCUCUCUAGUGUCUGUAUUUGCAGCAGCACUCCAUGUUCACAGGGAGCUGAAAACACAAGGUCUUGGUUGAGCAAUGACUAUGGGAAAUGAAAUCCGCAACAUGUAUUUGUGUAUAAUACCAUAGGUUAUAUAAGUUUUUUUUUUUUGGGAAAAAUCAUAGGUUAUAUAAGUUAAGCAAAAGCUUAUGUACAUCAAGUGAUGCAUCGACUUCUAUUUAACAGUCUGCAUCUAUUGUUGGCAUCAAGUAUUCUUGGUAGGACAAAAAUAUUUGAUAAUCAUUAUCUCAAUUUGUUUCAAACUGAAUUCAUUAGAAAACAAAUGGAAACUGAAU